AUGGCGCCUUCAGCAGGGCACCUGCUGCUCCCUAAAAUAUGGAGGGUAGCAAGGCUUGCUUACGCAAAGGCCUCAAAAUCUAUACGUUCCAAACUACCAGAGCCUACACAAUAUCAUCCCGUGCGAUACCAACCCGUCUAUGCCCGAAUCAAUCCUAGCCAGCCAAUCAGCCGUGCCGCUGCCAUCCGUCAAGCCCGCAGUCGCCACUUCUCGACCCGUGCUGCCGGCGCCUUCGCCUCUGCCGUCCGAUCCGGACUAGGGUCCAAUGCCGCUGCUCGCAACACAUCUCGCAUUGUGUCAAAUAUCAGUCGGCUCAGUAGCCGUGCACCUUUCGCUUCUACUCUUCGUCCCAAUCUGACCGGUGGCACCCUUGGUCGGACUGCAGGAGGAUAUGCUGCUGGAGCUGGCCGUUUUGGUGGAGCUAGAUACUUUUCUCAUGGGCCUGCUGCACCAGCACAAGUGAUUCAGAAUGUGUCGCAGGGCGUCCGUGCUUUCUUUCUGUCUGGGCAGAAGGUCCGCUUUGACGGCAUCGAUCCCCGCACCGGAGAGAAGCGGUAUAAGGCAGUCAGCACGCUACAGGACCAGGCUGAGCGAAAGAUGAACGCCAACUCGUACAGCGCACCUGGAUCGUACAUUGACUUCCAAGUUUCCCCGACCAUCACUGCACUUAGUGCUAUUGGUGGUCUCGGCAACCAGGACCGCUCUGUCUCGUGCGACUCUCUAAACUCCGAGGGUCUCAUGGAUCUGCUUUCUGCCGAUUUCGCCCGUGCGUUGAAGGAGUUCUCCGCAGUGAUGAACGACCUCAAGCGGCUCUCAUCACUUGGUGAUCUUCCGAUAUCCCUUCACGACCGGUCAACUAUACGAGUACGAUUCCCUGGCUGUGAUGCGGAAACUGUAGAGCAGCUGUGCUGUGAGGUCGGGAUUCAGCGAGGCCGAGUUGCACAGGAUGCGGACUUUGAUAUUCGCACUGGCGCUGAUUUGGCUCUCUUGUUCCCUUUCGCACCGAGCAUGGCCCCUUCCUCCGACACUGACUAUUACUUCGAAAAAGCCCCAAAGUUGAAUCAACAAAAUCCAGCGGAUCUUGACUGGCAAGGGAUGAUGACACCAGAAAGCUGCACGCCUUCAUCACCAGCUGGCAGUCGGGAUUCGGGAAAUGCCAUCAGUUUUGAGGAUAGUGAGCUAUUUGGUGCCAAUCCAUGGAAAUCUUCUACCAAGAGCUACUCUAGCAUUAACAUCAGCGAGCUUGGAGAUCAGCCUUUUUUCCCUGAAGUCUCCAGCGCUGGCGAACCUGAGAGUAACUCUGCAUAUGAUGGUGUGGAGGGUAUUUACAAGUUCUUGGCUGAGUGUGAUCAAGCUAAGCGUUGA